AUGAGGUUCGCCAACACUACUCUCUCAGCUAUCGUAACCUCCUAUGUCACUACCUUAGGCGAGCGAAAAUAUGACCAAAUAGCGCUCUACUUCGCACCGAACGCCAAUUGGUGGGUUAAUGGGAACCCAGCAUGCAACCCAGACGCAGGCGACGGCACGGUGGCUACACGAUUACCAACGCUACCCGGUCUUCUAGGUCGUUUCGACAAUCUCUCCUUCGACGUACUCAAUAUCGUGGAGCAGGACGACAAAGUGAUAGCUGAGACUAUAUGCACGGGACUUGGCCCUCAAGACUUGGUUUAUGUCAAUAACAUUACCAUGUCCUUCGUGCUUAACGACGACGGCAAGUUUACGACAGUCAGGGAGUUUCCGGAUUUUAAUGAGCUCAAUUGGGUUAACGAGUGGUUCAAAGAACAUAAUACCACUGGUACUUCUUCACGGCGGUCGGAUUCAAUGGGGCGGAAGUGGGCGUAA